AUGUUCCGAGGUCGUCUGUGGCGAUUUAUAACAUUCUUUUUAUUUCUGUACAUUCUAUUUGUUAUUUACUCCUUACACUUGUUCAGUUCGGACAACACUGAUACCACAACAACAUCGCCGAAACCUCCAGUAGAAGUUAAAGGCGAUGAUCCAGUCAAAGUGCCGAAUCCAGUCGAGCCCCGUCAGGAGGAAAAUAGUGCGAGAAGUUUAGAGCCUGUUAUGCGAUCAGGUAUCUUAGGUAAUUACGAACCGAAAGAUGCCGGCAAAGUAUCUGGCCCAGGUGAAAACGGCGAAGGUGUACGACUAACAGACGAAAAAGAAAAGGCAUUAGGAGACAAAUCUGUUGCAGAAUACGGUUUUAAUGAAGUUGCAAGUGAAAAAAUCUCGUUGAACAGACACGCACGUGAUACGCGACCUGAUGAAUGUAAAUAUUGGCACUAUCCAACGGUAGAUAAGCUACCGACAGCAUCAGUCGUGCUUGUGUUCCACGACGAAGGUUGGUCAACGCUAGUUCGAACAUUUCAUUCGGUGAUCAAUACAAGUCCGAAAGCGUUAUUAAAGGAUGUCAUUCUCGUCGAUGAUUUUAGUGUGGAUAGAGAUAUUACUGUUCGUUUGCCUGAGUAUAUCAAAAAAUGGAACGGCCUGGUGAAAUAUGUUCGAACGAAAGAACGUGUGGGUCUUGUGGAAGCUCGUGUUAUCGGUGCACGUGCUGGUGAAGGUGAUGUGAUUGUGAUCUUAGAUGCUCAUUGCGAAUGCGUCGCAAAUUGGUUACCACCAUUACUUACUCGUAUAGCAUUGAAUCGCAAGACAUUGGCUGUACCAAUUGUAGAUGGUAUUCAAUGGGAUACUCUACAACACAAUCAAGCUUACGGCGGUAGUACACUUUUCCGAGGUAUAUGGGAAUGGGGAUUUUUGUACAAAGAGACAGAAAUACCUGAACGAGAACGCAGCCAAAUGAAAUAUCGAACGGAACCUUACAAAAGUCCCACACAUGCUGGUGGUCUUUUGGCAAUAGAAAAGAAGUGGUUUUUUGAAUUAGGCGCGUAUGAUCCAGAUAUCAAAAUUUGGGGUGGUACGUACUAA